AUGAUGAUGAUGUCUCUGAACAGCAAGCAGCCUUUUGCCAUGGCCCACACCAGCUUGCCCGAACCCAAGUAUUCGUUGCAUUCCUCAUCAUCCUCCACUUUGACUUCCAAUGCACCCUCGUCCUGCUCGUCCUCCCGACACAGCAGCAGCAUCAUCAGCAGCAGCAGCUCGGAGGCGAUGCGCAGAGCCUGUCUCCCAACCCCACCGAGCAAUAUAUUCGGAGGCUUGGAUGAGAGUUUGUUGGCCCGGGCUGAAGCUCUAGCGGCGGUGGAUAUAGUCUCGCAGACCAAGAGCCACCACCACCCUCCACAUCACAGUCCCUUCAAACCGGACGCAACCUACCACACCAUGAACACGCUCCCCUGCACCUCGUCUUCCUCCUCUUCCUCGGUGCCUAUUUCUCAUCCGUCCGCCUUGGCCGGCCACCACCAUCACCACCACCAUCACCACCACCACCAGCCUCACCAGGCACUGGAGGGGGACCUGCUGGACCACAUCACCCCGGGACUGGCACUAGGAGCCAUGGCAGGGCCGGAUGGCUCGGUGGUUUCCACGCCUGCGCACCCUGCCCACAUGGCGGGCAUGAACCACAUGCACCAGGCAGCCAUCAACAUGGCUCAUGCCCACGGGCUACCACCGCACAUGGGCAUGAGCGACGUGGACGCCGAUCCAAGGGACUUGGAAGCCUUCGCAGAGAGGUUUAAGCAGAGACGGAUCAAACUCGGGGUUACCCAGGCGGAUGUAGGGUCAGCUUUAGCCAGCCUGAAGAUUCCUGGGGUGGGCUCCCUCAGCCAAAGCACCAUCUGCCGAUUCGAGUCCCUCACGCUCUCUCACAACAACAUGAUUGCUUUGAAGCCCAUCCUGCAAGCGUGGCUAGAAGAAGCCGAGAAAUCACACAGGGAGAAACUUAAUAAACCCGAGUUGUUCAACGGCGCAGAGAAAAAGAGGAAGCGCACGUCGAUAGCCGCGCCAGAGAAGAGAUCACUGGAGGCCUAUUUUGCCAUUCAGCCGCGUCCCUCCUCGGAGAAAAUCGCAGCAAUCGCAGAAAAGCUGGACCUCAAAAAGAACGUGGUGCGGGUCUGGUUUUGCAACCAGCGACAGAAACAGAAACGAAUGAAAUACUCUGCAUGCGUCUAA